AUUUCAACCGUUUGAGAAGAUGAUGAUGCCUCCCGGGCUUGUCUCGAACCUAGAGCAAGCGCUUCUGAAGAGGAAAGGUAACGAGGAUGACAAGAAGACGACGGAGGAUGAAUCAUCAUCAUCCUCUGAUCCUUCAACGUCGGAUGUGGAUGAUUCCAAGCCUGUUGUUUUGCUAACUAAUGCCGACGGCAUUGACUCUCCCGGCUUAACUCACCUGGUCCAGGCUUUGGUUCUUCAAGGUCUCUACAAUGUAUAUGUCUGCGCUCCUAAAUCGGACAAGUCAUCCUCUGCUCAUUCCUUAACUCAUCAAGAGACUGUUGCUGUCAAUUCUGUCGACAUUACUGGUGCCACAGCUUUUGAAGUUUCCGGCACUCCUGCGGACUGUGUAUCAUUAGCUUUAUCGGGUGCCUUAUUUUCUUCACGAAAGCCACUCUUGGUAAUCAGUGGAAUCAACAGAGGUUCUAGUUGCGGCCAACAAAUGUUUUACUUGGGUGGUGUAGCCGCAGCAAGGGAAGCAUUAAUUAGUGGCAUUCCUUCUAUGUCGAUUUCAUUGAACUGGAAGAAAGAUUCAAGUGAAGAUAAUGAUUUCAAGGAUGCAGUGACAGUGUGCUUACCAUUAGUGAAUUCAGCGAUUAGAGAUAUUGCUGCAGCAGCUGAUCAGAAACAAGUUUUCCCCAAGAGUUGCUUACUUACUAUUGAUGUUCCCAUCUCUCCUUUGACAAACAAGGGCUUCAAAAUGACUAAGCAAAGUUUGUGGAGGAGAUCCAUGCCUAAUUGGCAAGCAGUUUCAGCAAACAAAAAUGCAGCAGCUGCUGGUGGACGUUUCAUGCCCAACCAGCAAAUGCUCGGGAUGCAGCUUGCACAGCUUGGCCGAGAUGCAUCAGCUGCGGGAGCACAACGUCAGAAGAAAAACGUGGAAGUGGUUGAAUCCGUAGGGGCUUCAGCAGCAGGAAAGUCUGCUUCUAGCCGCGCUGCUGUUAAAUACUUCAGGAUGGAGUUUCUGGACAAGGAAUGUCAUGAACUAGAAGAUAUGGAUGAUGACCAUGAUUUCAAAGCACUUCAAAAUGGAUUUGUCACGAUCACCCCAAUGUUUAUUUCGCCACAUGUGGAACUUGAAGCCGAAACGGCUGCUGCUUCUCAAUGGAUUUCCAGUGCCCUCAGCAGCACAGAAGACUAACCAUGAUCUGCCUCCUUUCUAAAUGAUACGCAUUAUUUAGUUUAGUAUUGCUUCCUAUAAAGAAAGAAAGAGUGCACAAAAGCUUUGAAUUUUCAGCAUUUUUCAUUGUAUUAAAA